UAAGAUGACAUACAAUGCAGAUUGUUUUCUUCUUUGGAGCGAGCGGUGAGCGAUUUCAUCGGAGAGGGGAGCGAUACUGAGGGACAGUUGCCAGGUCCAGCAAACAUCUCCAGUCCCAGGUAUUGUUUUCGUGAUAACAGAGGACUGAGGAAGGGACCCACGUUUCUAUUCACACCCUGCCUGUCUGAUGAGACAGUGCAAAGAAUCACUGGAAAUACACCAGAUAAUCCGUGAACACAACACGUAUGACAUCAUCCUGGUCAUAACUUAUAAAAGACGAUACACUUCCAGCCUGGCAAUUACAAUGAGAACUUUUACUGCUCUAGGAGGUCUCUUCCUUCUUGCUCUAAGCCACUUGGGUUCUACUUCACAGCUUAUAUGCUACUUCACAAACUGGUCCCAGUACAGACCUGGAAUUGGGAAAUACCUACCAAAUGACAUAGAUCCCAACCUGUGCACUCACCUGAUCUACGCUUUCUCUGUCAUCAACCACGCCAAUCAGCUUUCUACCUAUGAGUGGAAUGAUGAAACUCUGUACCAGUCCUUUAAUGCGCUAAAACAGAGAAACCCCACUCUUAAAACUCUUCUGGCUGUUGGUGGAUGGAAUUUUGGUACAGCUAAGUUCUCCACCAUGGUCUCAACAUCUGCUAAUAGACAGACAUUCAUCAGUUCUUCUAUCAGUUUCCUGCGCAAGUAUGGCUUUGAUGGGCUGGACCUCGACUGGGAGUAUCCUGGGGCUCGAGGGAGCCCCCCAGAGGACAAACAUAGAUUCACACUGCUGUGCAAGGAGCUUUCAGAGGCCUACAAGGAUGAAGGCAGAAAAACAGGACGUCCCAGACUGAUGCUUACGGCUGCAGUGGCUGCUGGGAAAGGGAACAUUGACAGUGCUUAUGAAAUUACUGAAAUUGGGAAGUACCUGGAUUUCAUCAACGUGAUGACUUACGACUUCCAUGGUUCUUGGGAGAGUUUUACUGGGCAUAACAGUCCCCUGUAUCAGGGCAGCCAUGACACGGGAGACUUCAUCUACUUCAACACGGACUUUGCCAUGAGGUACUGGAGAGAUCAGGGAGCCCCUGUGGAGAAGCUGAGGAUGGGCUUUGCCACCUAUGGCCGCACGUUUCUCCUGGCUUCUCAAGCAAAUGGAGUCAGAGCUCCAGCUAACGGACCCGCCUCAGCCGGCCCGUAUACCCGUGAGGGCGGCUUCUGGUCCAGCUAUGAAAUCUGUACGUUCCUGCAAGGUACCAAUACUCAGUGGAUUGAGGACCAGAAGGUUCCAUAUGCCACCAAAGCAAAUGAGUGGGUGGGAUUUGAUAACCAGGAAAGCUUUGAGACCAAGGUGCGGUACCUUCAAAACAACAGCUUUGGAGGAGCCUUUGUCUGGUCUCUGGACCUGGAUGAUUUUUCUGGCCAGUUUUGUGGAAAAGGAAAAUAUCCUCUGAUCAGUCAUCUGCGCAAGCUUCUCAUUUCAGAGCCCCCCCAGCUAUCACCUACAACCCCAAGGUCAUUACGUAAUACAACCACCACUGAAUCACCCCGCACUGGCAUCAGUGACCCCACAAUGACCACCCAUGAACCCCCCCAAACAACGACCAAACAACCCAACGGCAGUGGCUUCUGCUCCGGCAGGCCUGACGGACUCUACCCCAAAGUAGACGACCGCAAUGUUUUCUACAACUGUGCCCACGAUAUGACAUAUGUCCAGCAAUGCCCCAGUCGCCUGGUUUUCAACAACAACUGCAAGUGCUGUGACUGGCCCUAGAGACGACUGCGGUUUUUCUGCUAGUCCUCAUCCGCUUUCUUUGCCACAGUCACACAGAUUUUACGAAUUGCUCUUAAGUAUUGAGUAUACUUCUGUAUCUAACACUCUGUACAGAAAAUAACUAAUAUUUUAAUAAUCCUACAUUUUACAAUUACACAACACUGAGUUUUGUUGAUUGCAGUUUGACAUAAACCCUUAUACCAUGCAAACCAUGUAUCUGUAUAUUUUCUAUGGCUGGGAAAUGUAUUGCAUUCAUACUUUGCGUUAAUUUUAGUCAUACCGUGUUUUUAUUUCUUUGCUCGCAUUAACAGAUCUGUCUCAUUUUCUUAGCUGAAUAAGAGAAUAAUAUGAGCACAGAUUUUUAUAAAUACCUAUAAUAUUUCUUCUUGGUUGUAAAAAAAAAUAUGAACUUUUAGGUUGUGAUGUUGCACAGAAUCUCAGAAUUCAGAGCUAAAUUCAAAACAUGCAGUUAGCAUCUCACGUGGAGGCCAGUGCCACCCGCUUUAUUUCAUUUUAAAGAUCGGCAAAUGGAGGCAUGCGUUAAAAAUAUCAUAAUUUGCACGUUUUAUUUUGUUGAAGGCUUAGACCUUAACAGCUUAAGGUAUUUCAUGUCGUAAAGUGUCAGGAUUUCGUGUUUAUAGCUAUUUGCUAAAUAGGUUUAAGAUUUGAAACCAAUCACAUGGUUGGGAUUAUAUAUGAUUCAGGUGGCCUGUUAAAUGAAUGCGAUUAUCUGUACAUGGGACAUACAUCAUUAAUCACCAAGGUGUAUGAUUCAAUAAAUAGAGUAAUCAUUUAACAGCCAUCCUUAUAAUACAAUGCUCUUACUUGUCUUAUAGUCAGCUGUGCAUCUAACCUUUUGAAAGCAUUCAAAUUCAGCUUGUACUUGCUUGCAAGUAGUAUUUUUGUUGGAAAUUAAGUUUGUUUAGCUAAAGGACUUGUUGCUACAAUCCCUAAGAUAAUCAGCAAUUUCUUGAUGUUUUCUUGAUGUUCUGGGGUGGGAAAGAGGCAAUCGAUAUGUUUUCAGCAACCCGCAUGAGGAGCAAAUGCUUCACUGGGGUCAUCAGGUGGGCACCUUCCUUCAUCGGUGUUUCGUUGAUAGGCCCAGAAGAAGUCAAAGGCUACCCAGAUGAGAGAAUGGGGGACGGAUCCAAAGGUCCAGGAAUAAAACAUGUAAAUCUUUCCCCUUUUGCAGAUUGGAUUUGAUGCCAUAUCAUGCUUGUAUGUUCUAAGCAUCCUGAGAAGCCUGGUAUCCCAGCCUUCUGUACCGAUGUAUCAAUCAUGUUGUUUUGUUUUAGGUAAGUCAUCAUUCUUUGAGCCACAAUGCUAAAGAAGAUUUUUCCUUUAACAUUCAAGAGAUUGAUUUGUCGGAACUGGUCGAUGUUCGAAGCAUCUUUUUCCUUGGGGAUCAUUACUCCUCCUGCUCUUCGCCAUGCCUUUGGAAUGAAUUGUCUCUUCCAUGCCACCUUCAUUUGCUUCCACAGGAAUCGUAGAACAUUAGGAGCAUUUUUAUAGAAUCUGUACAGAACAACAUUUGGUCCCGGAGCCGAAGCUGCCCUUGCUUUCCUCACCACCUUCUCAAUCUUGCUCCAUCUUGGUGGGCUGUUGUCCAGCAGGUAUCCUGGCUUCGCUAUUGGUGGCAUGUCUGAAGGUAUCUCCCUUAUCUCGUGUCUUCAGAGGUCUCCAGAGGUUGUCCUCAGGUAAUCCUCCAGCUUCCUUUUUGGAACCUUGAGUGAUCCGCUCUUUUCUUUAGUGAAGAACCCCUUCACGAAUCUUCAUGAAUUCCUUUUGUGUCUGUUUCUGAGGUUUUCUGCUCUUCACAGCAUCCCAAGGCAUUCCUUCAGAUCCACUUGCAGGAGGUCAAUACCCACUCUCUCCUCUAGUGAGGAUUUCAUCCACUGUUUCCUCAAUUUCCUUCUUUCUUUAACAAUAAUCUAUAUAUCACAAGUUUAAGCUAAACAUUAAACAAAUAUUAAAAUAUGGGUCAUUCUCACAAACUGUUUUGUGAAAUACACUGUUUAUUUUUUUGUGUAGAACGAUUGACAUUACCUGAACUUUUUAGGUAUACCAUGUCAUUCAAAUUUGAUAGUUUUUUGCCGUUUUUCCCCAAACAGGUAGCUAAAGCUAAAUAACAUAAAUGCUGCAUAAAUUGUUUUUAAAUCUUUCUUUAUUGCAUGUAACCCACAAUAAAUUAUCCAUUUGUUUGAUAAGG